AUGGCAGUCACGGGGACAAAUCCUCAAACAACCCCAAGCGCUGUUCGUAUCUUCCUGGACUAUGUCUUCUAUCGAAAAACGCUCACUGCUCUCUAUCACCACAAAAUCGACUACAAUCCGACUUUCAAGGCCACCAAGAAUGCCCUAGGUCGGCAAGUCCAUUAUACCCCGCGGGUGACGGAGCUUGAUCCUGAUCUUGUGCCUGGUAAGGAAUACGCUAUGACCAGGGCAGAGACAUAUACGGAACGCGAGAUAGACCUCAACCUAGACACCCACUACGAGGCAGAACUAAAGGAACUCAAGUCUACGAAUGUUCUUUUCGCAUUGGGGAACAUUUAUAGCAUGGGGCGGGUGAUCUGCAGCACAUUGCAGGAUUCCAUUAAUUUGAAGGAGUACACUUUCGUCCCCAUUCCGACUUUCAAUCCCUGGUGGGAAAACGAACGCUACAAAAGUGACUCUCUUUUCUUUAGCCGGAACGGUUACAAGAAUAUCAGCCGAUCCCCAUGUCUUGGGGAUGGAUCCGACCCAGUUCCAGAUUAUGCGCCUUCCUGGCGUCGCUGGACAACCAUGAAUCAGGGAUAUCAGGCAACGGGGUAUCAUCCUACGACAUAG